CCGACAGACAGCCAACCCUGAAGGGGGCAUUACAGUCAUGAUGGAUGAGCAACAAGUGGAGGUUCCAGCCGAGGUGGGCGAUGCAGAGAUGGAUGGAGCCAUAAGAGGCAUUCUUUGUGCGGCCGCUGGAGAAGCAGCAACAGAAGGAGAGGUAUCUGGAUGUGAAGCAGAGAGCAGAGGUGCCCAGGAGGGCAGUCCUGCACCACCAGCAACACCGACCACACGAAAAUGGAGUGCAGUGUGGGUGCACUACCGCAAAAUGGAUCAGGAGAAGAAAGCGAUGUGCUUGUUGUGCAUGGAAAAGAUCCAGCACCAGAGCAGUACCAGCAACCUUAUUAGACACCUGCAGAACAAGCAUCCUACUGAGUAUGCACAGCUUGAAGAGCAUCCACAGAGAAGGUCCACAAAGCGCAAAAAUGAUGAUCCUGAUUACAGUCCUACUAGCCCCACCAAGCCUCGUGCCGUGUCAACACCUCGAAACGUCCAGCCACAACUAACAAUCACCCAGACGGGUACAGGUCCUGAUUGGAGUGAUAGGCGUAGAAUUUUGGAGCGAGAGCGGGAACUUACCGAAGCGCUAAGGCGUGUGCAGCAAGAGGAGGGUAGAAGCUUGCAGCAGCAGAGGGAUUUGAUGCAGCAGAUCCGAGAGCUUGAAGAUGAAAGACGACUGCUCCAGCAUCAGAAACGACAACAGGAGGAUGAACAACACAGACUGAAAAGAGAAAAGGAGGAAAUUGAAAACACCAAACUGGAGAUCCAGAAAGAGAGGGAGGAAAUACAGAAGGAGAAGGAGGAGCUGUUUAAGGCAAAGGAAGAAUUUCGAAGAGAAAGGGAGGAGUUAGAAGGACAAAGACAGGAAAUUCAUAGAGAGGGACACAUUCAGGGGCAGGUCACUGAAUUUUACAAUUGUUAAUUUGUGUACAGUAGGUGCAUCUCUAUGGCAACACAAUAUUUGUUGUUUUUAAAAAAAAAUAGAUGUUUAGUGAAAGUAGUUGACUAUAAUUGCUUUGCCUUUUUUCUCUAGAUGUAAUAACUGAUAUUUAACCAAUGAGGAAGAUGUUGGGGUGGUAUGUCCUGUAAAAAGCAUUUUGGUCUGUAUUUUUAACUGAUGUAAAUUCUGUUUAACUAAUUUCUCAAUACAAUGUUAUGUUAAUCCUGAUUGAACAGUGCUUUUUAAUAUAGUCAGCAUCAGAAACCAUGUCUAGGCCUGUCACAAUCUUGCAAGUUGCAAAAUUCCUUAGUUCCAUUUAUUUGUUUCGAUUAUUAGUUAAGUGGGCUGAUGGAAUGUUGUUCCAUGGUCUUGUUUUAUGUAUUGUUUGAACACUUGUUUCAUAUCAGUAUCAGAUUACUGUGCUGUCACAUUAACAGGCUUUUCUAUUGUCAUGCUCCAUUUGCGACUGUAUUUCAUUAUUUAACACUUUGCUGAAGUUGUCAUUUUAUGUACUGUUUUAUAUAUGUUUAUAGUAGCUUUGUACAGUAUGUGAGUAUAAUUACAUUACCUAACUCGUGUGGUAAUGGGUCAACUUUAAAGACUGUUAGUUGUAAAUGUUUUUGACAAUUGGAUGUAGUUUACAGUUAAUUUAGUCAUAAUUGUGACAGGCCUAGUUGAGUAAAAAAGGGGCAUCCAUUGGUUAGUUAGUUAUCAAUAAGGUGUCUUUUUUUUUGUGCCAUCUCAAUAUGGCUUUGGAGUGUGAUGGACCAUUUACCACAGACAUUCUUGUUAAGCAAAGAAACAUAGGCAUAUUUGAAAUGUGUAUUUUUAACAUGUUUUAUUAGAUCGACUUGCAGGCUGCAACUGCUCUGCAUCGAUGCCCUAGUUAAAUUGCCUUGUAAGGACAUGGUUUACAUAAUGCUAUACAAGGAAUAAACCACCAUUACUGUGGGUGUUAUCUGAAAUACUGAAGUUGGUUUUGUGUUGAACAUCUCAUAUAUGUGUAGAUGCUGGAGUUGCAAUUCAAGGUGAUAACACAUUAACUCAGCUUAUCACAUCGGCUUGCAAUCCCUCUUCAGAAGUUUUGACAGAGUGGGGAUUAGCCUGAAUAACUGAUAAUAUAAUAUUAAAUGCUGUUGCAUGCCAACCAAAAAUAAAGGACCAACAGGUGGGUUUA